AUGAUGACCUUUGCAGCUUUUUGCAGCCUUUGCGGCUCUCAUCCCUUGUUGAGCCUGCCUUACAUGAUCUACGUACCGUUCCUCCAUGUAUUCCUCCAAGUUGCCUGCUUGGCCUGCUUCAGUUUAGCAGAGUGCACACCCAAGCUCAGCCUCCUGCAGCACACACUGAAGCUGGAAGAGAGGGACGCCCAGGAUUCCAUCAGUUCCCUCAGUGGCGACUCAACUUCUUCCCUGUUUGUGAAGUUCCACAAGGUGGCUGGCAGCACAUGGCGAGCCUACAUUGACCUCAUCUCUCACCAAGACAACUCUUGUAGCAAGGAUUGCGGGAACCCUGUCUGGGACUGUCAGCAGCGGUACCCCCAUGAUGCUGCGAAGUUUGAGUGGUGCAGCCAACAGCCUGGGAAGAAUAAGUCCUGCUCUGGGAUUGCACACAGCUGCACCUUCCACACGGGCAUGGCUGUGAUGCGCCAGGCCGUUUCGGGUCAGAACAUAAGCACCCUGACAUCGGACAUGGCCGAUGCGCAGAACCUGUGGCCGAGCUCGGAACGCUUAAGGCUGCUGUCGGAAGAAGUGGAGUGGGCCCGUUCUUGGUUGCCCUCAGACUUGCAUCAAAAGCGCCUACUCGUGACGACGAUCCUCCGCGAGCCCACCGAGAGACUUCGUUCUUUUUAUUACUUUGGCGGGAACGGCUUCUCCGCAGCUUCCAGUUCUGAUCAAGGGAACCUGGCUGCUUCACAUCAAGGUUUCAAGUCCUGGUUGGAGUUCCGCAGGGAUUUCGUGACCGGCAACUGGUCACAUGAGCAAUUUCAACAACAGGCUUCAAAUGCGGAUGCUGGAUCCACCUCCAUGUCCAUCCUCUUGCGCUCGUGCUGUGAGUACGAGACUUGGCUGGGGGAUGGCUCGAUCGAGGCAGCAAAGCUUACUCUUGCUACGCAGUUCGACCUAGUUGGCAUCACCGAGAGGCUAGACGAAAGCUUGGUGAGCCUUGGCAAGCUCUACGGCCUGACACCUUUGCAGUUAGCUGCCAUGUUCCGAAGAAGUGUGCCAGAAGUUUUUGAUAACAGUGACAAUAAGCUCGACUGGACCGAAGAGGAGCGGGCCUUGGCCACGGCCGUUGCAGAGAAGAGCACGGCCAUUUACAACUUUGCGCAAGAGGUCUUCCAACGUCGGGCCCCCACACUUUUCGGAAGCGAGGCGAACAUGCAGGCUGCUGUAGAAGCCUUCAAGAAGCUCAACCCCGACAGCUAA